GCGACCGUGGGCAGUGGCUUUCGAGGCUGUGAGUACAUAGCCGGAGGCCCCGGUUCUGUCCUGCGCUGGUCUGUGCCAGGCUGCCCGCUGGGAUGCAGUGGGCCGUGGGCCGCCGGUGGGCAUGGGCCACCCUGUUUCUGGCUGUUGCUGCCGUGCUGACCCAGGCCGUCUGGCUGUGGCUGGGAACGCAGAGCUUCGUCUUCCAGAGAGAAGAGAUAGCGCAGCUUGCUCGACAGUACGCGGGGCUGGACCAUGAACUGGCCUUCUCUCGGCUGAUCGUGGAACUGCGGAGACUGCACCCAGGCCACGUGCUGCCGGAUGAGGAGCUGCAGUGGGUGUUUGUGAACGCGGGCGGCUGGAUGGGCGCCAUGUGUCUUCUGCACGCCUCGCUGUCCGAGUACGUGCUGCUCUUCGGCACCGCCCUGGGCUCCCGUGGCCAUUCGGGGCGAUACUGGGCUGAGAUUUCUGACACCAUCAUCUCUGGCACAUUCCACCAGUGGAGAGAGGGCACUACGAAAAGUGAGGUCUUCUACCCAGGAGAGACCGUUGUGCAUGGGCCUGGAGAGGCAACGGCUGUGGAAUGGGGACCAAACACGUGGAUGGUGGAGUAUGGCCGAGGUGUCAUUCCAUCUACCCUAGCAUUUGCACUAGCUGACACUGUCUUCAGUACCCAGGACUUCCUCACCCUCUUCUAUACCCUUCGCUCCUAUGCCCGCGGCCUCCGGCUUGAGCUCACCACCUACCUCUUCGGCCAAGACCCCUGACCAGACAGGCCUGAAGGAAGACCUGUGGAUGGGCAAUAGCGGCCAAGAUCACAUUCAUUUACUUGCUGGAACUCGUGCUCAGACAGCAGCAUAACCCAUGCAGAUACUAAGUCCCUGCUGUGUGAGGAAGACAUACAUACUUACACAUCCAGACACACCUCUUUGGGAGCCAGUGGGACACCCGGAGAUGCUAAGACUCUUAUGGACUGUAAGAUCAUGCACUCAUCCAUCCAGAGAGGGUCCCCCACAUAUAUGCCAUGGGGGCCGGUCAUGUUUGAACACACAAGUUUGACCUGCUGACUCAGGCUUUUCCAGAGCUUCCUGCUGGCAUUCAGGGCUCUGAGGUUAAGGACCGGGGAGGAUGUAACCCUGCCUCUCUCUAUGCCUCAAUCCAGCAUUAAUCUCUCAGGUGAAGGAGAAGAGGAGCCGCCCUUGGGUCGCCCCUUCACCUGCAGCUGUGAUGCCCUCCUCUUCAUCUCCCGUUUCCUCACCAUAUGCCUUAUCUCCAUUCCACUCCCCGCUAUGCAAGUGCCCCUGGGGCUCGUCCUCCAUUCCCCGAGCAACCGACUCAGCAGGCGAGGAUGUAUGGAGCGCUAACGGGAAGGAAGGGCCUCCAUCACAGAGCCUCUGCUGGGCUAUAAUAGAAAAGCUGGCUUAAGACUAGGACUUGCCCCAAAAGAGAGGGUCCGGAGAAGUAAACCUGGGUCCAAGGAGCCGCCCCAUUCCAAAAGAAGCCUUUAGUGUGAGUGCACCCUAUCACUUUCCAGACAUUCUGCUGCGUUCUCUGUCUACCUGUGUGUCUCUGUUAAUAAAAACUUGUUAAACAGUU